CGUCCCUUUAUGCCGAAGGCAGUCCUCUAGUCACAUGACCACUCACAUGAUUCUGAAAAAAGCAAGAUGUCGUCGCGAGACAGGCUCAACGUUUUCCCUUCUCGAAUGGCCUUACAAGGCAUGAAGGUAAGGGAAAAAGCUGCUGAGAGAGGUCACCGUCUAUUGAAGAAGAAGGCUGAUGCUUUGUCCCUCAGAUUCAGAGCAAUCCUGAAAAAAAUCAUUGAGACAAAGCAGCUUAUGGGAGAAGUCAUGAAACAGGCAGCAUUCUCACUGGCAGAAGCUAAAUUCACUUCUGGUGAUUUUAAUCACAUGGUUCUUCAGAAUGUAACCAAGGCACAGAUCAAAGUGAAGAGUAAAAAGGACAACAUAGCUGGUGUCAGUUUACCCAUAUUUGAGCAUUACCAAGAUGGAUCUGAUACAUAUGAGCUGUAUGGUUUGGCAAGAGGUGGACAACAAAUCGACAAGCUGAAGAAAAACUAUACCAAGGCAAUUGAACUGCUAGUUGAGCUGGCUUCUCUCCAGACAUCCUUUGUCACGCUGGAUGAGGUUAUCAAGAUUACCAAUCGCCGUGUCAAUGCUAUUGAACAUGUGAUCAUUCCUCAGAUUCAGAGAACUAUACGGUUCAUCAUGACUGAGUUGGAAGAAAAAGAGAGAGAAGAAUUUUUCAGGAUGAAGAAAAUCCAGAACAAGAAAGCAAGGGUCAGAGCAGAGGAAGCAAAGCUGAAGACAGCUCGUAUGGAGCAGCUUAAAAUGGAAGAAGAAUAUGUUCCUAACCUUGUGGCUGAUGACAGGGAUGAAGACCUCUUGUUUGACUGAUCUUCUGUGAAUGUAGCAGCUGUCUUGAUAAUAUCUCUUGGAUUCAAAUAUGGUGUUAUGCCAAGAUAAAACUGAAUACAAUAAAUAUGCUGUCAGAUAAUUUGAAAAAAAUACUUUUAGAACUGAACAGGAAAGACAGCUUAUUGUCAAGAAUUGUUAACAAAAAAAUGCAUGUCUGAGUCUUUCAUUGGGAAUCUCUGAGUACGUUGCAAGUAGCAGUAGUUCAUGGAGUAAUGGGGCAUGCUUCUGCAUACUGUUGGAAAUAAUCUUUUUGAUUUAUCAGGACGAAAGUUUGCUAUAUAUGUUUUAGAUGGUGUGGAUGUAUUAUUAUGUACAUACAUGUCUAGUCCAGUCAGCUGUAAAAGAUUUUGAAAAGUAGAAACACAAAUAUAUCCAACACUUUUGUUAAUAUGUAUUAUUAAGCGGCUGUAGAGGCCAUGGGACAAAAGUCAUCUAUGCUCUUGAAAUCAGAUUUCUCUACAAAGAUGAGAAACCCAUCAGUACCUAUGCUAAAUUAUUGUCUAGUGUUGAUUGGUCUGUGCUAUUUGUUUAGCUGUGCCUCUGUUUCAUAUUGUUUAAAAAGUUUAGGAGAAUUUUUCAAGCAACCAUGAAUGCACCUUGGCAGAUUGUAAAUCUGAAUCCAGAUGGUUAGUCUUAUGUCUUAGCAAAAACAAGUUUAUGGUGCAAAUGCAUAAUCAGGAAAUACAAGGUGUAUCUUUGACAAGUAAAAGGUGACAAAAAAAUA